AUGUUCCACUUAUCCACACCGCUCUCUCUCCCCAUCAGUUUGCCUCCCCCCCGCCUCUCCCCCGCCUCCCUUCCGCCUCCCUUCCGCCUCCCCCCCGCCUCCCUUCCGGCUCCCCCCCUUUCCUUCCGCCCCCCUCCCCCCACAGAACUGCGCAUGCCCGCUUCCCUCCCUGCACUCACUCACUCGCCGUCCUUCCAUCCUCGUGUGAAUGCGGUUGCUACCCCACAUUCCCCAUCACACCCCUCCCUCUUUCCCCUUCAGUUAUACAGCUUUCUCCCCUCCACCCCUUUCAGCCUAGCCUAUGGUCUGCAAGCUGCAGCUACUCGUGCUCCAGCGGCCUUGCCUGGUGGUCCUGGCUGCUCCCUACGUCUCUGCAAGCUGCAGCUACUCGUGCUCCAGCGGGCUCGCCUGGUGGUCCCACCUUCUCAUUCCCACCGCACAGCACUCGUCACAUUUCCCCAUCAACUCCUCCCUCUAUCUCUACCCCUCCCUCCACCCCUCUCAGCCUACGUCUCUGCAAGCUGCAGCUACUCGUGCUCCAGCGGGCUCGCCUGGUGGUCCCACCUUCUCAUUCCCACCGCACAGCACUCCUCACAUUUCCCCAUCAACUCCUCCCUCUAUCUCUACCCCUCCCUCCACCCCUCUCAGCCUACGUCUCUGCAAGCUGCAGCUACUCGUGCUCCAGCGGGCUCGCCUGGUGGUCCCACCUUCUCAUUCCCACCGCACAGCACUCGUCACAUUUCCCCAUCAACUCCUCCCUCUAUCUCUACCCCUCCCUCCACCCCUCUCAGCCUACGUCUCUGCAAGCUGCAGCUACUCGUGCUCCAGCGGGCUCGCCUGGUGGUCGUGGCUGCUCAUCAGUUUCGCGAUUCUCUUUGUCUCUGUAGGGGUGGGCUUCGGGGUCUAUGUGUGCCUGCGCUCUGCCCGCAGCUGAUUCCAAGAGCACUGCUGAACGUGCGUGCUGCAGGCUUGCCUGGUGGUCCUGGCUGCUCAUCGCUCUCGCCAUUCCCUUAG